AUGCGCUCCAUAAGCAUCCUCGCCGCUGCUUUGGCAUGCACAGUUUCCGCCGCCCCCCAAGGCCCACCAGAAGGCAUUGCCCCAGACUCGAGCGCUCCCGAGGGAUGCGAUGACUCGCCCAAGGGUAACUUCACCAUUGGCUACGAUCUGUUGUCAUCUAUGAAACGGGAAACUGCCGUCGAGGCCGAGAGCACCGCACUGGAAUGUAACUUGAAGGACGGCAUCUUGAGAGACCCCCAGAACCGCAUCGGCUCCGUCGUCGCGAAUCGUCAGUUUCAAUUCGACGGACCACCCCAAGCUGGCGCAAUCUACACAGGCGGCUUCUCCGUCUGCAAGAACAGCUCUCUGGCUAUCGGAGGCAGCACAAGGUGGUGGAAGUGCGGCAGCGGUGGCUUCUACAACCUGUACGACGAGUGGAUCGGUGGUCAGUGCGACGAGAUUCGCAUCGUGGUUUCUUUCAAGGAAAGUUCCGAGUCUUCGAGCUCUUCUUCGUCUUCAUCCUCGGCCAGUGCGUCCAGCACCGCGAGCAGCUCUUCAGGCUCCUCCUCGAGCUCGGGUAGCGCGUCCUCGACCCCUACCUCCUCCGCCGAUAGCUCUUCCUCGGCUUCUGCCUCACGUUCCUCAUCUGGUUCUUCUGGACCUACACCAACCUCCGCUAGCUCCGCAGGCGAAUCUUCCAACGAAAACCCCCCACCUGCUCCUUCUGCCGGCGAUGCUGCCCCUACUCGCGUUCCUCGCCGAGAAACAUUCGGUGCUGUUGUUGGCAUCGUCGGUGCUGCAUUGCUCCUAUGA